CCGACGUGCCGAACCAGCUUCUGCAAAAUUGCUAUUCGAUUCCGAAUUCCGUGUGUGCUUGACCAGGAGAAGCCGCUGAUUCAAGAGUGCUCAUGGAUCAUAAUCAAGAACAAGACAAGGGGAAUUUCCGUGUACCGGCCAUUGAUGAAAUACUAAUGGCUCAGAGAAUGCCAAAGGUGGUGAAACCGAUCAGUACUGCAGCUGGUGGUAAGAACAUUAAGCGGCCUCGGGGGAGACCAGCGGGCUCCAAAAACAAACCGAAACCGCCCAUUUUCGUCACUCGUGACAAUGCUAAUGCGAUAAGAGCUCAUGCGAUGGAGGUGAGCUUGGGUUGUGAUGUGAAUGAGAGUCUAGCUAACUUUGCAAGGAAAAAGCAGCGUGGCAUUUGUGUGCUUAGCGGGAGCGGGUGUGUGACCAAUGUUACACUUAGACAACCGGCUUCAUCGGGCGUGAUUGUUACCCUUCACGGCCAGUAUGAGAUCCUCUCCUUGCUUGGAUCGAUCCUGCCACCUCCAGCCCCACCCGGGAUUACGGGGCUAACAAUUUACCUGGCCGGUACUCAGGGACAGGUUGCUGGUGUAGUAGUAGUUGGUGCAAUCAUUGCUUCCGGUCCCGUUCUCAUCAUGGCCGAAUCCUUCAUGAAGGCCACCUUUGAUCGUCUACCACUGGAUGAAGAUGAAGUAGCAGCCGCAAUGCAGAACCGAUACAACCAUCACAAUGGUCCGCACCAUCAGCUUGACAUUUCUGAUUUGUAUGGGAUGCCACAAAACUUGAUCACCAGUGGCACUACACCUGAUAUGUACUCUUGGGCACCGGGACGAACUAUGUCCAAAUAA